CUGGAGGCUCUCUCACCUCCUGGCCGCUGGGGACGCUCGGGAGCCAGCUUCAGGGCUGCGUGCCGAUUGGCUCCUUGGGAAACAGCCGGCACCCCUGGUUGCGUCCGGCUGGCGUCCGGUCCUCGGUGUGGGUGUUCGGCGCCGCGUUUUUCGGUUUGUUUUCGGCACUGUCUUUUGGUAACCGCCAACGCCUGCGUAAAACUCUCCAAGAGUUCUUCCGUAAAAGCAGCCCAUUCUUUUUUAGCUCAAGACUGAAGCUCGAGGGAGUCACCAUUUGCGUGAAAUUGGGACAGGAUUUCCCAAACUUCCCUUCGGGGGAGAAAAUAAUCUAUCGGCGGACGAGAUUAAAUUCUCAGCGUAUGGUCCGCCAUUUACUUGAAGUUCUUUAUUUUGCCUUAACAAUGAGGAAUUUUGCAUUUUGUUUUUAUGACAUUGUUUUCUGGAAAAUGUUUAAGCCAUCCGUUAAAUUAGUACACUCUCUCCGGUGAACCAGUUCUUUUCCUGUGGCUUCAAUGCCUUUUCACCCCCUCCCCACCCUUUGAGUGUUGCUUUGUACAGAACCCCUUUGAGAUGCGGAAGAAGCAAAUUCUGACCACUGUCACUUAGUAUCUACACUACUUUUAAGCUUUACCUAAGGUUUUGACGACUUAGCAUGAGGCCACGGUUCCAGUCUCAGUGGGUAGUUUCCAUGGUUGACUUGCUCUUGUCUGAUCUAGUGUUGUCUCUCUUCAACUGCUCUGACAUGGCAGCUGGAUUGGUCAUGCAUAAAAUUGUAAUAGUUCUAACGGUUUAGUUAGUAAGACUGCCAAAUUCUGGAAAUGUUACUAAUGUAGAAGAGACCAGGAGAAAUUAGAUCCCAGAGAUUUCUGGGUGAGCGGUUAUGGCAGCAUGUAUUGGCAAGUAUUUUGCCAAUAUCAGUUUUUUGGGUUUUUUUCCAUUUGCUCUUUAAGGGUUUUUGGUUUGUUGGUUGGUGUUAAAAAGAUAAAUGUAUAUGCCAUUUAAAAGCCUCUAAAUGUUCUGCUUGUUCCAUUUAGCUAAGCAAUGAAAGGUAGUAUUACCUCAUUGUAUAGACCAAGAACCCAAACCUUGCCUGAAGUUUUAUGGUUUUCAAUUUCCCAUGUAUAAAUUAGAGUUGGUGCUUGCAAUGGUCCUUUCCCCAUUAUCAUUCUAAAAAGAUGAGUGAGCAAAACUGAAUUACUCUCGUGUUUUUAUUUUUCUUGUUCCUUCCAGGUAUGGGAAAAGGGAAAAUAACCUCAUUCCCCCAAAAAUAUUUUUAAAAUCAUAGAUCUCUUUUAUUUUCAAGUGGUUGGACACUUAAAGAAGAUUGUUUGAAGACUGCUUUUGGAAUCAAAUAGCAUGGAUCCCAGCAGCGACUACCAUUUCCUCAAUCAGAUUUUGUGGAGAAGGGUGAAACUCACAUUGGUUUGUGGCAUCUUUGAGGGAGUACUCCAGCAUGUGGACCCUAACAAGAUUGUUGUCCUGAAGAAAGUGAAGAAUGUGGAGACUGGUCGAAGUGUUCCAGGAGUGAAGAUGUUUUUUGGGCACGAGAUUGUGAACGUGGAACUGCUGGAUGAAGUGGAACAAGGUGCAGAGAGAGAAAAGGCAUCUUCUGUUAGUCUAAAUACAGAAAGAACAAAGAUGGAUAAAAUGAAGGGUGAAGAUCUAAACAUAUAUGAGCCUUCUUCUCCUGUCCCUGAGUCAUCAACCACCUCUCUGCUGAAUCAUCUCAAGUAUAGCCCAUCAGAAGAAGAGGAGGUGACAUACACAGUCAUUGAUCAGUUUCAGCAGAAGUUUGGUGCUGCAAUGCUUCACAUCAAGAAGCAGAGUGUUCUGAGUGUGGCAACAGAAGGUGCUAAUGUGUGUCGUCAUGGGAAGCUGUGUUGGCUUCAGGUAGCCACAAAUAGCCGAGUUUACUUAUUUGACAUUUUCCUUCUGGGAAGUCGUGCUUUCAACAAUGGACUUCAGAUGGUAUUAGAAGACAAGAGAAUUUUGAAGGUUAUCCAUGAUUGUCGUUGGCUUUCUGAUUGCCUCUCUCAUCAGUAUGGAAUUUUGCUGAAUAAUGUCUUUGACACACAGGUAGCAGAUGUCCUUCAGUUUUCCAUGGAAACAGGUGGCUUUCUUCCAAAUUGCAUCAGUUCUUUACAGGAGAGUUUAAUCAGACACCUUAAAGUAGCCCCUAAAUAUCUCUCCUUUCUGGAAGAGAGACAAAAAUUGAUUCAGGAAAAUCCAGAAGUGUGGUUCACACGACCUCUUUCACCAUCUUUACUGAAAAUUUUGGCCCUAGAGGCUACCUACCUACUACCCCUUCGUUUGGUACUCCUGGAUGAGAUGAUGUCUGACCUAACCACCCUUGUGGAUGGUUAUCUAAACACCUAUCGAGAAGGGUCCGCAGAUCGCCUGGGAGGCACCGAGCCUACACGUAUGGAGCUUCCAGAAGAGCUUCUUCAACUCAAGGAUUUCCAGAAGCAGCGCAGAGAGAGAGCUGCAAAAGAAUAUAGGGUGAAUGCACAGGGACUCCUAAUAAGGACAAGGGUACAUCCAAAGAAAUCAGUGCCAGAGACAGCAGGGAAAGAGGGAAAAAUAGGGUUUUCCUUACUUUGUAAAAAUUCUGUACUAGAUGAAACUCAUCAUGUAAAUUUGCUGAAAGAAGAAUCUAAGAAUAAACAAACUUCAACAGAACCUCAACAUGUACCUCCCAUGAAGGAAGAAACCAACGAGGAUUCUAUCAAUAAACUCAUUUGCCCUGAGUCAGAGAGGCUAGAGGACCAGAGAAUAGCUCAAAAAGAACACAGUAAGACACCCAAACAGGAGUUUCAGACAAGUUCAUCUUUGAAAGGGGAGAUAGAACAGUUACUGGUGGUGCAAAACCAGGAAGAUCUAAAAUGCACAAAACAAGAUAUUUCAGUGUCUCCUUCCCUUCCUCAGGAAACCAGAGUCUCUCCAAGUGACACCUUUCAUUCUUUUAGAAAAGCCGUGUUUCCUAUGUUUCCUCCCUGUCCAGCCUUGGAGAAAACUGCUUCUUGGAUAAAUCCCUCUCCAAAUCUGUCUUAGAAAUGUGCAAUUUGUUUUUGAGACUAUGAAGGUGGCUCACUUCCACCAGCCGUACCUUCCUCAGAGCUUAAGUCUGUCAUGUUGGAAAUUUAGUUUUGCCUCAGUCACGAAGGAACGCCUUAGGGAAAAUGAUAUUCUGUUGCUUACUUCUACAUGCCUGGAAUUUGAUUAGGAUGGGAAUGAAUAAGUUAAAUAAUGGAAGAAGUAAAUUUUUUUAUUAUGUCACUGUGUGGAAAUAUUCCCAGUGGUCAGAGCAAAUUAUUUGUCAUAAUUUGGGUUUGGAGGAUUUGAGGAGGGGAAAAAUCUCGGGCUUAGUAUCUGGAAGCUAUAUGCUUUUAAACUUUUUGUUUUGUUUUGUUUUUGUUUUUUUGUUUUUAUUUUUAAUAAUUUAAGCUCUAUGCCCAACCUGGGGCUCCAACUCACAACCCCAAGAUCUGAAGUCACAUGCUCUACUGACUGGCCAGCCAGGCACCCCUACUUUUAGACUUUUGUUGUAUUUUUUGGUCUGAAAAAGGUUGGUAAAACUUUUGCCCAUAAGUUUAAAAAAAUUGGGAACUGAUAACUUUACCAGUACUUUUUUCCUUAGUAAUGUUUUCCUAAAAUAUUAACUUUAUCAAUUGUACCUCAAAAAAGCUGAGAAAAUACCGACUUUUUAAAAAUUGUAAUGUUUUGUCUGUUUUGUGUCAUAGACAGACACUAGUUAAUGUUAUUAACAGGCAUCAGUAUCCCCGUUUUAAUUUCUUUUGAUUCCCUUUACUUUUAGAAGGUUUUGUCCAUUUUUGUAAGAAAGCAGGGGCUUCUUUUGAGUAUGUUUAUUAUGUAAACUUGAAGUUUGAUUCCCCUCUUUUGCCUGGAGUUGGUAUACUUUUUUUUUUCUUAAUUAAAAAAAUUUUUUUUUCAUUUUAAGUAGACCACACCCAAUAUGGGGCUUGAACUCACGAACUUGAGGCUAAGAGACACAUUUUCUACCAACCAAGCCAGCCAGGCACCCAGUUGGUAUACUUUUUUAGGGUGAAAGGAAGGCAGCUUGUACAGAGCCCU